GGCUUAUUGCUUCAGACUCGUUCUUCUCAGAUGAUAUAGUUUGAGCCUUCGCUGCACCUGUAGGAAGUGCUCAGUAUCGGCCCUGGGACAGGAGAUCAAACAGCUUGUGCCCAAUGGACGGCCGAUACAGACGCAUGGAAGACUCACUGAAGCGAUCGGCUGAGCUUGGCCGGGAGUUGCUGGAGAGAGUGAGGUGCAGGGAAGUGGGCUGGUCCUGUUCAUGGGAAGGAGGGCCGCAGGAGGCGGAGCUUAUAGAGGCUGCAGAGGAAGGUGCUACACUGGAAGAAGCGUUUGCAGUGAUGGCCGACUUCAUGCGCCAAACCACCCAGCAGUGCGCCAUGUAUCACGACUGCUUGGCCAAUCACAGGAUGAGCCAACAGGAAGUGGUGCACACGUGCAGGUUUCACGGCAGGAAGUGCAUCCAAACAGGAUCCCAGCGAGGGGUCGCUCAGCGGACAAAUGCACCGGCCUUCACCCCCAUCACCACUCAGGAGAGACCCCGAGAUAUCGCUAUUGAAGUGGCCCCGGGAACUUACAGUGUCUCAGCGGGUUUGCCCAGGGCCCAGAGACAGACUCACGUGGUGAAUAUUUGCCCCGGACAAAGCGUGGAUUUAACCUUCAGCUUGUGAUGCCCCUCCCCCAGCGCUGGCGAUUCUGCCCGUCCGACAGUAACGCUUUCCCACCUUCGCUGGUCGGAGGAACAUAUAAGAACUCCCUGGAAAACACCCAGUUGCAGGGUGACAAUUGGUGCAAUUAACUGAAUUCCAGAGCUAAUCAGGGUGAGACGAACAUUUCCUAUUAAUGAAAAAUGCACUUUAUAUCGUUAUUUGUGUUUUAAUCGAAUGACUUUACUCCAUCCCAACGUCCGCUGACAAUCAUCCGAGGUCCUGAAUUUACUUUUAGACGUUUAUCUUGGGGUGCGCUGGUAAUUGUGGGACAUCAACCCUCCAGUAUAAUUUACUUAUAAUGCCCUUCUCCGCACUUUUGCAGUAAUGAUUGUUUUCUGUUUGUUUUCAUGAUAUUAGCAGUUAAUGACAGCUGAUAUCUGGACUGUGUGAUGGAGUGCCUCCUGCCCAGACAGAUCCUCAUAUGCUUAAUUAACAUUUCUCUGCUCAAUUGUGUUGCUCAGUGUGACUGGAGAGAUAGAACUGAGCAGAGGAGUGUCCAGAGACCCUUCCCGCAGCAGUAUCUUAAGCAGUAUUUGACUAUUAAAAGGCAACUCAUCCUGCAUCUAUUGUAUUGCUGCUACAGAGCCUCCCAUCACAUGCUGAAAGUGAUAUGCAAGUUCCAGUAUCUAAAGAUUUAGUAAUUCUGGGAGUUGUAGUUCACAGCUGCUGAAUGGCACCAUUAUUAUGUAUAGCAAUGCAAUGAGGCUGUGCCAGUCGCUGCUGCCCAGUUACGGUGGAGACUGGUGCUCCGUUCCCACUAUAUAAAGACACAUUGUUGUCUUUAUAACAAUUAUAUUUAAUAAAGAUUUUUUAAUUCUGA